AGGCUGCAGAAGCUGCGACCUCGUCUGCUCACAGUAUCGGGGGAGAGAGAGAGUAAUGUGGUGGACUUCUCAAGACGUUGCUCGCCAAUAGUAAUAUAUAUAUAGACACACCCAAUUCGCUUUUGUGAUUCUCUCCCCAUCGCUGCAUUGGUGGAGUCACACGAACCCUUUUUUUUUGGUUCUUCUCCUAUAGUGCUCCUCUUUGGAUUGGAAGAUUCACCAGUGGCACCUGCAGCCUUUAUAAACCGCGUACGCCACUGCUGCUUUGGACCGUGGGGGAAAAAACGGUUACAACCACAAAUAUAUACGCCACUCGUUGUUUCCACUGAACAGUACGGCGUGAUGGGGUUGGGCAUCGGCUGCCUGUACGCGUGUGCGCCCUUCACGCUCAUCGCCUCCAUCCUCCUCUUCAUGAUGGCGGUCAUGCUGCGCGACGGCAACUGGACGUUUGAGGUGCUCGCCGCCAAGCACGGCUGGGACCGCAGUGCGAAGUCAAAAGCCUGUCGCAAUGGCGGUAUCAUCUACAUCUGCAUCUCCGCCGUGCUGUGGUGCUUCGUGCUGUUGGACUCCUUUCUCAUUCAGCUAGAGAAACUCCCCUCUGUUGUAUCCACAUUGUGGCGGCAGCGACGGCUGCCCAGCUGGCGUGAACUACGGCACAGCUCUCGAAAGCGGAGUGCAAAAAGUGCGCAUCCUGCCGCCGAUGUUGUCGUGGCCUCGCUUAGUCCUCACCCUCCGGCGCAGUCCACACAGACCCUCACCCCAUCACCACCGCAGCAGAAACAGAAUCAAACAGAUGCCCAGCAGUACGCCCUCCCUCCCGCCACCGCGUCUGCCAUCACUGCUCUUUCCACUUCUCCGUCCUUACCAGUUAGCGCCGCACGAGAGAGCCUCGCCGCCGCCCCGCCGUACGUCUCGAGUCCGUUAACCGCACAGGUGUACGAAGGCUCGCGCGGGGGGACGACGAUGUCGCCUGCCGAACACGCACGGCGUGCUGUAUCGCCGAGUGAGAACACCUCCGCGACGGCGAGUGUGCGAGAAGCUGACCACCUGCUUGGCUGA